AUGGCGGAGUUGUACCUGACGUCGUCGGGCCCCUUCUCCAGAAGGGAGGCGAAGCAGAGGAGAGCCCUGGAAUCGGUGAUGUUCUUGCAGAUGUUGGGGUGGCCCCUGGCCAGCAGCGCCAGGGCCUUGGCCGCCAUCGCCUUCAUCGCGGCCUUCGUCUCCGGGUCCUCGGACUCUCUCCCCUUGAGACUGGCCCCCGACGAGGAUCCCUGCGGGUGCUGCUGGUGCGAGAGAUGGCCAUUCCCGGCGGGGUGCACGGCGGCGGCGUCACCGCCGUGA